UGGAUCAGAGUCAAACUGGGUUCCGAGGAAGUGAAACUCACACAGUCUUGGUGUCUGAGAGGAGAAAUGGCUCAGAAAGGAGCCGAUCUGGAUCAAGAAACCUUCAGCUGUUCCAUCUGUCUUGAUCUCCUGAAGGAUCCGGUGACUAUUCCCUGUGGACACAGCUACUGCAUGAAGUGUAUUCAAGGAUUCUGGGAUGGAGAGGAGAUAAUCCACAGCUGUCCUCAGUGCAGGAAGACCUUCACACCGAAGCCUGUUCUGGUGAAAAAUGUCAUGUUUGCAGCUUUAGUGGAGCAGCUGAAGAAGACCGGACUCCAAGCUGCUCCUGCUGAUCACUGCUUUGCUGGACCUGAAGAUGUGUCCUGUGAUGUCUGCUCUGGAAGAAAACUGAGAGCCAUCAAGUCCUGUUUGAUCUGUCUGGCCUCUUAUUGUGAGAAACACCUUCAGCCUCAUUUGGAUGCAGCUGCAUUACAGAAACACAAGCUGGUGGAACCCUCCAAGAACCUGCGGGAGAACAUCUGCUCUAUUCAUGAUGAGGUGAUGAAGAUGUUCUGUCGCACUGAUCAGAAGUGUAUCUGUUACCUGUGCUCUGUGGAUGAACAUCGAGGCCACGACACAGUCUCAGCUGCAGCAGAAAGGACUGAGAGGCAGAGCGAUCUGGAGGAGAGUCAACAACAAAUCCAGCAGAGAAUCCAGGACCGAGAGAAGGAGGUAAGGCUGCUUCAACAGGAGGUGGAGGCCAUCAAUCACUCUGCUGAUCAAACCGUGAAGGACAGUGAGGAGAUCUUCACUGAGAUGAUCCGUCUCAUCCAGGAUAGAAGCUGUGAUGUGAAGCAGCAGAUCAGAUCCCAGCAGCAAACUGAAGUGAGUGGAGUCAAAGAUGUUCAGCAGCAGCUGGAGCAGGAGAUCACUGAGCUGAAGAGGAGAGACGCUGAGCUGAAGCAGCUCUCACUCACAGAGGAUCACAGCCAGUUUCUGCUCACCUACCCCUCACUGCCACCACUCAGAGAGUCCACACCCUCAUCCAGCAUCAACGUCCGUCCUCUGAGAUACUUUGAGGAUGUGACAGCAGCUGUGUCCGAGCUCAGAGACAAACUGCAGGACAUUCUAAGAGAGGAAUGGACAAACAUCUCACUGACAGUCACUAAUGUGGAUGUUUUAAUGCCAGAACCAGAGCCAACAAGCAGAUCGGACUUCUUUAAAUAUUCAUGUCCAAUCACACUGGAUCCAAAUACAGCAAACAGACGUCUGUCACAGUCAGAGGAGAACAAAAAGGUGAUGUUUUUGGAAAAACCUCAGUCUUAUUCUGAUCGUCCAAACAAUUUCACCGAUUAUCUUCAGGUUCUGAGUAGAGAGAGUCUGACUGGACGUCGUUACUGGGAGGUGGAGUGGAGAGGAGAAUAUGUUUAUGUAGCAGUCGCAUACAAGAACAUCAGCAGAUCUGGAGAUGAAAGUGGAUUUGGUUAUAAUGACAAAUCUUGGGCAUUGUAUUAUUCUCCACACAGCAUCUCAUUUUACCACAACAGCAUUCAAACCUCCAUCUCAGCUCCUGUUUCCUCCAGAGUAGGAGUGUACCUGGACCACAGAGCAGGUGUUCUGUCCUUCUACAGCGUCUCUGAAAGCAUGACUCUCCUCCACAGAGUCCAGACCACAUUCACUCAGCCGCUCCAUGCUGGACUGGUGUUGGGUUAUGCUGUUGAAGCCACAGCAGAGUUCUGUAAGCUCGAAUAGUUCCUGAAAAAAUUGAAAUAUGUUUUUAUUGAUCAUGUUGAAUUACAUUUAAUCCCCAACUACUAAAAAGCUAUAUAGAGCAAGACUAUCUAGUGCCUUGGAUUUUAAAAAGCAAUUCGGACACCAUG